CGCAGUGUGUUCCAGCUGCCGUGAGGAUCGCAGGGUGUGAGGGGAAGGUGGCCAGCCAGCCGGGUUUAGGAAGACAUCGUGGGCAGUAAAGGAAGAUGGAUACUGUUGUUUGGGAGUGUGGCUAAAUAAAGGAAUAAUGCAGCUAACACGAGCCAAAGAUGAUUGGCAUUUUAAACAGCUUGGAAUUGGAGAAGAACUCUACCCGAUUUACAAGCAUUUAAAGAGCUCUCUGUGAUCAAUGCAAAAGGGAAAGAACAUCGCGAUUCAAGCUGUCUGUGAGCCGGCGUCCCGUGAUUCCACAUCAUGGCCUAUUCCUGGAUUUCACGCUAUUUCUGGAUAUUUCUGGCUCUCAUUGAGCACACCUUGGCACACAGUCUCUUUGCUUGUGAACCUAUUACAUUGAGAAUGUGCCAGGAUCUUUCGUAUAAUUCCACAUUUAUGCCCAAUCUUCUCAAUCACUAUGACCAACAGACAGCAGCGCUAGCAAUGGAGCCAUUCCACCCCAUGGUGAAUCUGGAGUGUUCCCGUGAUUUCCGUCCCUUCCUGUGUGCGCUCUAUGCCCCUGUCUGCACAGAGUACGGGCAUGUUACGCUGCCCUGCCGUAGAUUGUGCCAGAGAGCCUACAAAGAAUGCUACAAGCUGAUGGAAAUGUUCGGAGUGCCUUGGCCCGAGGAGAUGGAGUGCAGCCGAUUUCCUGAUUGCGAUGAGCCAUACCCACGACUUGUGGAUAUCAACCUGCCUAAAGAACCAACGGAUAACACUCCGUUAGCUGUACAGAGGGAUUAUGGCUUCUGGUGUCCAAGAGAGCUGAAAAUUGACCCUGAGUUAGGUUACUCCUUCCUAGAAGUACGAGACUGUUCCCCUCCCUGCCCUCACAUGUAUUUUCGAAGGGAAGAGCUCUCAUUUGCCCGAUAUUUUAUUGGCGUAAUAUCAAUAGUUUGCCUCUCUGCCACCCUAUUUACCUUCCUUACGUUUCUCAUUGACGUUACCAGGUUCCGUUACCCCGAGAGACCAAUAAUUUUUUACGCAGUCUGCUACAUGAUGGUGUCACUGAUUUUCUUCAUUGGCUUUUUGCUAGAAGACCGUGUAGCCUGCAAUUCUUCCAGCCCAAGUCAAUUUAAAUCCUCCACAGUCACACAGGGAUCCCAUAACAAAGCUUGCACCAUGCUCUUUAUGGUACUUUACUUCUUCACCAUGGCUGGCAGCGUGUGGUGGGUCAUCCUUACUAUUACGUGGUUCCUUGCUGCCGUUCCAAAGUGGGGGAGUGAAGCAAUCGAGAAGAAAGCACUAUUAUUUCAUGCCAGUGCAUGGGGAAUCCCAGGGACUCUAACCAUCAUCCUACUUGCCAUGAAUAAAAUUGAAGGGGACAACAUAAGUGGCGUGUGCUUCGUUGGCCUCUAUGACGUUCAUGCUUUGAGAUACUUUGUCCUAGCUCCACUUUGUCUGGACGUGGUGGUUGGGGUCUCUCUGUUGCUGGCAGGGAUAAUUUCACUAAACCGCGUACGGAUUGAAAUUCCUUUGGAGAAGGAGAACCAGGACAAACUCGUGAAAUUUAUGAUUCGUAUCGGUGUAUUCAGUGUACUUUACCUUGUCCCACUACUGGUGGUGAUUGGCUGCUAUUUCUACGAGCAGGCUUACCGCGGGAUAUGGGAAACCACGUGGAUCCAGGAAAGAUGUAGAGAAUACCACAUUCCAUGCCCCUAUCAGGUGUCCCAAACAAGUCGACCUGACCUUAUUCUCUUCCUCAUGAAAUACCUCAUGACCCUGGUGGUUGGCAUACCUUCUGUGUUUUGGGUUGGGAGUAAGAAGACCUGCUUUGAAUGGGCCAGUUUCUUCCAUGGUCGCAAGAAAAAAGUAGCUGUAAAUGAAAGCCGCCAAGUGCUCCAAGAACCAGAUUUUGCUCAGUCACUCCUUCGGGAUCCAAAUACCCCCAUCGUCCGGAAGUCACGGGGAACUUCUACUCAGGGAACUUCCACUCACGCAUCUUCCACUCAGCUGGCAAUGGUGGAUGACCAAAGGAGCAAAGCAGGGAGUGUCCACAGCAAAGUGAGCAGUUAUCACGGCAGUCUGCAUCGCUCACGUGAUGGAAGGUACACCCCGUGCAGCUACAGAGGAAUAGAGGAACGGAUUCCGCACGGCAGUAUGUCCCGUCUCACUGACCACUCCCGGCACAGUAGUACCCACAGACUCAAUGAGCAGUCCCGUCAGAGCAGCAUUAGAGACCUCACCAAUCCUCUAGGUCAUAUUACACAUGGUACUAGUAUGAAUCGGGUCAUAGAAGAAGAUGGAGCUAGUGCGUAAUGGAAUUAACACGAAUGUAGAACAUAUUUUUUGAUGCACUUCACAAGUAUCAGACCUGUUGGAGUGUUGUGUGUGUGUGCUGGAUAUACACUGGACACGGGAUAGCCAUUUGACUCAAGUGUGUCUGUGGACCAAUGAGAGAAUGAUAAAUG